AUGAGGGAGAACAAUGGCUUAGAAUCUUCAGAGGGCUCCGUUACUAUCAAAGCUCACUGGUGCAUCUCAGACACAGCAUCUCAGCGUAUAACGGUGAAGACUUUCCUUGCUGUCAAAUACUAUAUGGCUUCUCACAUCAAGAAGACGGGGAAACCGCUGAAGAGGCGCUCUUCAGUUACAUCAGACCUGCCCUUGAAGCGGUCUGUGGCUCCGUUCUUGAAUAAGCAGCCAGGAGGAGGCGAACCAACCAGCAGCGGCCAGAAGAACUCACCUGAUCCCAACAAGUUACCAUCUCAAUGGGUUCUGGAGCAGGCCGCUACCACCAAAUUGCUCACCUGGUUUGGUAGGUUUAUCUGCGGCAGGUGUCCCAUGAUUCCAUCUCUUGCUCCCAAGGACCCUGUGCGCUGGAUCCUUAAUGUGGAUAGAGCCCUCUACCUCGUACGAUGGCAGACGGAGCGAUUCGUGACACCAGCAAAUGUCAUCUUCCUUUACUUGGUGUGCAGAGAGGUCAUCUCCUCUAACCUGGUCAGCAAGCGGGAGUUACAGGCAGCUCUGAUGACCUGUCUGUACGUGUCGUACUCCUACGCGGGCGCGGAGAUAUCAUACCCCGUCAUGCCCUUCCUUGGAGACAGUCCAAAGGAGGAAUUUUGGAGCAAAACCCUGGCUAUUGCUGGACUUAUGAGUGCAAAGAUGCUGCGCAUCAACACCGACCCAGCGUAUUAUGCUCAGACCUAUGGACAUCUGAAGGCUGAUGGCGACUGGGAAAGGAGCUGAACACACACCAGGACUGAUUCCUAAAUAUC